AUGAUAGCCAUGUAGUAAGGGAGUCGUUCAUGUUUUUAUUUGUUAGCUGUGAGGACCCUUUUUCCAAGAUAUUUUCACUUUAUUUGUUUUAAACCGAUUAGUUAAUUCCACCGAUUAGUUCCAGGUGGAAUGUUUGUAGUGAUUUUGUUAAUAGCUCUUAGGACAGAUGUUUUGUGUACAGCCAUGAGGAAACUGGGAUGGGUUGGAUCCUUACUGUAAAGCACUUUUGGUAUGUUCAAGUGAUCGUGGGCUUCCUUAGAGUACUUUGGGAGAUUGAUGCCUUGUAUUGGGUUUGUGAACUGUUCAGAGUAAAUUCCUGCCUUACCCCCAGUGUACUCGACCCUGAUCAGGAUGUAUCGGUUGAUUAUAAAUAAAAGGUAAAUUCACCAACCUGUAGACACGCCCCUUUUUGCCCAGGCCCCGCCCUUUUACCACACAUUCACCCCGCUAACUGCAGGUAACCAGUUCACCAGGGAUUCUGUUCAAAAUGAGUCUUCCUGACUUCAAAUCACCACGAAAACAAUCAGCUGAACCUGUACAGCAGCAGUCCUCUGUCAUUCAGCUGAACGUUGGCGGCUGGUUCUUCACCACCACUAUAAGCACCCUCCGCAAAUUUCCUACCUCCAGACUGGCUGAGAUGUUCACCGGACCACUUAAGCUUGUAAAGGACAAAGAGGGUCGCUUUUUCAUAGACCGUGAUGGGACACAUUUUGGGGCGGUUCUUGACUAUCUUCGUACAGAAGAGGUUCCCACCAAGAAUUUGGUGGAAGUGCAUAAAGAGGCGGUUUACUAUGAUUUAAAGCCCCUGGUGAAAUUACUAGAGGACACACCUCACUUUUUUGGAGAGACCAUGGGGAGGAAGCAAUUCUUGUCACGAGUGCGCAAUUACCACGAGAACCUCGAGGUCAUCAUCAGGGUCGCCAGAGCAGAGGCCAUGGCAUCACGAUACUCCACGAUAAUUAUGUGUAUACUGAAGACUGAGGAGGAUCUGGCAAAAUACAAUGACACCAUGGUGAAUGUGGAUCAUAAAAAGGAAUCCAUAGUGACCUUUGGACCCUGGAAUGGUCCAGUCACCGUGGAGGAUCUUUUUUUUUGUAUAAAAAAGGACAUAGAGGCCAGAGGGUAUCAAGUGAGCCUGGAAUCUUACAUCACAGAUAAAGGAUUUUGGUAUAAGAGUCAUAAUUUUUUCCACAGUCUGCUUUUUACAUGGUGGUGACUGUGGUUGGUGUGGGAAUGGGGUUAUAAUGUAUCAGACUGGUCAUUUUUGUAUGCCAAAAUGCUUUUUACGGUUAUGCAACCACUCUGUUCUACAGGUUGGAAAAAAUAAUCCACCAACAUUCUCAGACUUUUUAGACCAAUUAUCAAUACUAAUAAUACCAGCACCUUCAAAUCAUAAUAAAAGAAUACAUACAGGCACAUGACACUUUUUCCUGGUGUUAAUAAUUUACAAACUCAGAUGUCAUGUUGGCAGUCAGUUUAUAAUUAUCCUGAUUAAUUACAUUAUAACGGAAUUAUGAAAACUCUAUAUCCUGCACUGUUUUUAUUGUACUCUAAACACACAUUUGGUUUAAAUACAAAUAUGAAAACCUUUCUUGUUAUUGUAUUGAAAUGCUCAGAUCAGAACAGUAUAAUCUGUUAGUCUACAUGACCCAUCUACAUCUCUGACUCAAGUUCUGUAUGACUUACUCAGGAUCAGUGUGGGUAUCUGUAUCCACCCUUGUUUAAUAUUUACUCUAGUUUCUUCCUGCCCAUAAGAUCAACCAACCUACGUGUGCUUUAGGUAUACGACUGAGGUUAAUUAUAGGGUUAUUAUACUUGUGUAAAGCUGUAAGAAAGAUUUUUUUUUUAAUGUGCACUUUCAUGUUAAUGUAGGUUUACCUGAAAUCGUAGUAAACAUAUAUGUUUGUAUCAUUUAUUCAAAAACUGAAUUAUGAUAGAUUGUAAUUCUGUGUUUCUGUUACUUCGUUAAUGUCAAUGUUUGCUAAUUAAAAUUUCAUACAUAAAUAUUUUUAUAUAAUAGUUUAUUCCUACAGUUUAGAACAAGUAGUGACAAGUGACUUUUGACUCUCAGGACUAUGAAUCAAUCUACACUUUGAAGCUGGUGAUUGUAAUAUUCAGUCUUCUGUAUUCAGAGACAAUGUUUUGAGAAUUCAUGAUUUAAAUAACACAUUGUGUCUCCUAAUGAUUGUAUUUUUAAUAUCCUAUAUUUUAA